UUUUGGGAUUUGAAGUCCAGAAGUAUUAAAGUCUGGAGACUCUUGAUAUAGAUCCUACUGUCAAGGUUCUGGGGCAGAAUAUGGACCUAUCCAGUGGAAACUCAAUUCUGAAACCAAUUGUGGACAAAUUCCUUGGUCUCUGAAGCACAUUAUAUAAUUUCCUAUUUUCCCCUUCUCUGAUAGAGUUGCUGUGAUGGAUAAAGGGUCCAUUACAAUCUUCAUUUUUUGUCUUGGGAUGGCCAAUAGCCUGGAGUGCCACAAGUGCUUAACAAAUGAAGGGAACUGCUCUAAGGCCCCAGUUGAAGUUUGUAAGCCCAACCAAAACUCCUGCUUCUCCAUGAUCAAGAAGUACCAUGGAUUGAACGCAGAUACAGCCAAGCAGGGCUGUGGCUCCUCAAAUGCUUGCCGGCGGUACCCGGCGGGAACCGAGGGCUCCUUGUUCCGAACAAUGUGGUGUUGCUCUUCAAAUCUUUGCCAACCUGUGACUUUGCAAGUCAACCGAGAUGGAUUGCACAACGGGCUGGUGUGUCAAAGUUGCAUUGGGAACAAAGACGAAUGUGGUUUUACGGCCCCUUCGCAGCAAUGCUACGGGAGUGCAGAUCGAUGCGUGCAAAUUUCCCAACGUUUCCUUCCAGGAGAAGAACUAGAACCCAUCAUAAAGGGAUGUGGAAAUAACUCCUUCCAAGAUCUGCAGGUGCUCUACCAGAUUGGAAAAGACUUUGCUUUCCUUGACCAAAAAGUUUGUGGCCAACCCAACUGCAAUAAUAGAAGUUUUCCAGAGAUCCUCGCUGGACAGCCCAACGGGCUACAGUGUUAUACCUGUCGGGAUUCAGGCCUUGGAGAGAGCCCCUGCCACAAAGGGCAGAUCUUGAGGUGCCCUGGAGCCAUGAACCGGUGUGUGCGCAUCAUAAAAGGAGAAAAUAAAACCACAGCGGUGACUGUCCAAAAGGGCUGCGCCACGGAAUCCAUGUGCAGGAGAGACACCGAUAUAUAUUUUAGACUGAAGAGAGAAAAUUCUCACGCUGAAUGUUGUAAAAGCAAUCUUUGUAACAAAGCCCACCGUCCUACCAGCCCGGAACUGGUGAUCCUUCUUAGUUCAUGGUGGGUGGUGUUCAAAGUCUAUCAAUAACCACCCCAGGUUCCUCUGGGGCAUAGAAAUACAUUUGGGACAUUUUGGUGGUGAUUCUUUUUUUGGGGGGGGGGGGGCUCUGCCACUCAAAUGUAAAAUCUUUGUUGCUUUUCUAAAAAUGUGGUUUUUCUUUUUCCCAAUUUGCCCACUGAGAAGAUGAGGUCUCAUUUGAGUUGACCUCAUUUUUAGGUGAAACACAGAUAUGUAGUUUUCUAGGCCACUGUACAGAAGAUACUGUCUUUCUCCAAAAUGCUUUCUCAGACUUUCCAAUUGAAAUGGAAACCUUGGUGUUCUCCCUCCAAAUACUAACCAGAUAUUGACUGUUGGAAGUAAAACUAGA